CUCUCCAAAGCCUUCCCUAGGACGGACACACCCAAAAUCGUCCACUCAUGAGAUUCACCGUGCUUGCAACACUCUGUGUGCUUGGGGCGGCCCUUCCACGCUUCCCAGGCAGACACCCAAGUCGUUACGUCCCUAGAUACACGCCCAAUGGCAAGCAGAACGUGCGGCCAGACUCUCCGCACUUCUUCGGAGAGCGCAACAUAGACUCCCAUUCGUCUGGAGAAGCCAAUCAUGUCCCUCCUCCAGAGUCGAGGAACCCACCACCACCACCACCACCAGCCCCUGCUCAGAGACCUCUGCCUCUGCAAGAACCAGAAAUCAUCACAAAUCCUCCUCCCCAACAGGAGUUCUUUGAAGGUUCUGCAGUCCUUUACCAGGAGCAGGACACGCAAGAGUCGAGGGAACAGGUUCUUGGAAGCCAGGAGCGUGAGAGGCCCCUCAUUAUCCCAAUCGUCAAGGACAAGAGGUUCGUGCCUGAGGAAGGGAGUUUCAACUUGGAUGUCGAGACGGCAAAUGGGAUCAAGGUCCUCCAGGAGAUCACGCCUAGUAAAGUGACAGGAGGGUCUGUUACCAAGGGCGAAUAUGUGUUCACGCACCCUGAUGGCACUGUCCACAAGGUAUCCUAUGUGGCGGAUGAAAACGGCUUCCAACCUUCAUCUGAUUUGCUACCAAAGCCACACCCGAUCCCUCCACACGCACUGGCCCAGAUUGAGAAAGCCAAGCUGGAACACGCAAAGCGGGAGAAAGAAGAGGCUGUGGCAGCAGCAGAGGCUGCGUACGCAUCUGGCGAACAGCCUCCAGUACGGUAUCAGGGACAGCGGCCACAGUUCUCACAAGAGCAGCAUGAUGGAAGGUUCGAUUACCAACAACCAGGCGAUCAGUUUCUGUUCCAGCAGUCGAAUGAGCAGCUGGAGUUCAGGCGACCUAAUGAAGACUUCAGACAUCAGCAACGCCUUGAGCAGCAGCUAGAUUUCCAGCAGCCAAAGGAGCAGUUUAAAUUCCAGCCACCAAAUGAGGUGCAUAGAUUCCAGCCUUCAAAUGAACUACAAGGAUUCCAGCCACCAAAUAACGUGCAUGCAUUCCAGCAACCUAACGAAAUACGUGAAUUCCAGCAUUCAAAUGAAGCACACAGAUUCCAGCUACCAAAUGAACCACACGAAUUCCAGCAGUCAAAUGAAGCUCCUAGGUUCCAGCUACCAAACGAACCACACGAAUUCCAGCAGUCAAAUGAAGCUCUUAGAUUCCAGCUACCAAAUGAACCACAGGAAUUCCAGCAAUCAAAUGAAGCUCAUAGAUUCCAGCUACCAAAUGAACCACAUGAAUUCCAGCAGCCAAAUGAAGGGCACAGAUUCCAGCUACCAAACGAACCACACGAAUUCCAGCAACCGAAGGAAUCUGGUGAACUGCAUCAGUUCCAACUGUCUGAAGAGCAAUAUGACUUCCAGCCUACUCAGUUCUCUACUGAUGGAGAGGUCGUUGAUAGCUUCAUCCCACUCGAAGAUGACCCGCCUGUGGAUUUUGUUCCUCAGGGAUUUGAACAAGCACCAGAAGAAACUCUGUAUUACCCUAUUGUGGUAAACGGCCAGCCAAACUACACCCCAGCUCAGGAGUUCGAGAAACCCGCGCAUGUUCAUGAGCAACUCAGCAGUAGGAAGCCUGUUCAGGAUUCUGGGUUCGUCCCGCCCAAUCCAGACUUCCCACCUGUUUACAUAAGUGACGAGCCCAUCUACGAAAUUGUUUCCAGUGACGAUGGCUCCGAAUUCUUACAAGACAAUCAUGAGGAACUGGAAUACCUACCAGAGUAUCCUGAUACAGAGUCUGCUUAUGACCCAGAGUUUGAAGAGGUUCAACACUCCUCAGAUGAAGGAAUCACAAGUGAGGACCUAUAUACUCCCGUUGAAGUUAGAGAAGAACCAGCGGUUACCCCAUCAGAGGACGAAUCCACCUUCCUGGUCUCAGAAGAACUCGGUGAAAACGUAGCUCCUGCAGUUGCAGGUGUCCCAGAAAAUGACGCAGCCACAGAAGCUGUUAACGAAGAACCACUACCAACUGCUGAAGCACUGGUCUCAGCCGAGGCAGAACCUGCGUCAGAAGCUGUAUCAGAACAGUCAGAUGAUGAGGCAACUGAUGGAGCUGAGGAUGAGACUUUAGUCAAGCAAGAAUUGGGGAUCUCACCUGAAGCAGAAGCACUGUCAGAGAGUCCUGAGGAAGUCAGGGAGAGUCAGCAGUCUCAAGGGGUUGUACCUGAAGGACUUCCUGAGGAGGAAGGUCAGGAAAAUGAAGAAUACGUUCAGGAAAAUGUAACGGACACAACAGUCUCAGAAAACGCAAGUGGUAACGACGAAUCCUUAACUGAUGGGGACAAAGCAACAGAUCCUGCAGGCCAAACAGAGCAGUAAAGGAAGUCCUGUAUCCGAAUUCCUACAGUUUUCCAAAAGAGGGCUUGUUUUUCUUAAUUUAUUGCACUUUUGAAUUUACAGCUGAAGUUAGAAAUAUCUCGGACUAAAACUUCCCCACCGAUUGCUAAGCUGCUUAAGAAGAAUUCAUAGAAAACUGAUCACGAGUUACUGACGCUAAGUGAGUAGGUUAGUACUUCAAACAGAUUAUCAUUGUGUCAUAUGACUGCUUGGAUAGAAAUCCUUA